CCAGUUUCCAGCAUGCCAGGGAGUGGCUGGGUCAGCCUGACAGGACUCUUCGGGGACCAGGGCAGGGCAAAAACUUUAGGUGGGCACUAGGGAGGACCAGAAGACAUCAGGCUCCAGGACGAAGGGACGGAAACAGAAGGUUUCAGGUUGAGAACAUGAGAAUAGGGGCUGCAGCUUUAGCCGGGGGGAUUUUCGGGGUGUUGGGGACCCUGUGUUUCCUGGUGGCCUUCAGUACAGACUAUUGGCUGGUCGCCAGAGAGAACUGCGGACCACUUCGACAGCCCACCAAAGUCACCCCAACGCAGGACAAAGACGCUAAUGGGGCAGAGAUCCAGUUAGAUGACGCUCCAGAGCUCAUUGUGCACCAUGAGGGAUUUUUCUGGCGCUGCAUGUUUGCAGUAGAGCCCUCGACGGAGGCGGUCCUGGCCACGUUCUUCAGUAUGUUCAGAAAUGUCUCUUCUGCUGACGCCGAGUUCAAGGUGUGCGUCCAUGGUUACCUCUUCCCACUGCCGGUUGCGCUCGGAGAAGUUCCUGAUCCAAUUUAUGACGCCACUGCAGUGUUUCGUGGAUUCUGGACCGUUCUGAUCCUAGCCGGGCUGCUCUCAGCUCUGACCGGAGGCUUGCUGCUGGUCUGUGGCGUUCCCUUCAUCAGCAAUAAACUCUACAAGCUGGGCGGGGCUUUCCUGAUCGCUGCUGCCUUCUUGUUCCUGUUCACGGUUCUGCUCUUUGUGCUGUGGAUGGAGGCGGUGGACGUGAAGCGCUAUGUUCUGCAGGAGAGGGGACAAGCUUGUCUAGACGCCGAGGUUUCCAUACUCUACGGCCUUUCUUUCAUGGUGGCGGUCGCCGGCAUUCCUCUGGAGGUCUUAUCUGGGCUGCUCUUCAUGCUGGUGGGCCGUGCGUUGCGUGCCAGCAGAUGAGAUAUGUGACAGGCCAGAAUGAAGAGAAGGGACAGACUUUCUUAUGGCCCUGCUGACACUCAGCAGCUCACUUGCGGAACAACCGGUGCCUUGCAAAAGUAUUCACGCGUCUCGAAUUUUCAGUUUUUUUUUUCACAUUACAACCAAAAACUUAGCAUGUUAAUAGGAUUUUAUGUGCUGGUAUUACCCUUUGCUGUAGAUCCAUUUACAAAUCUUUUGGUGUGUGUAUCUACUAUCUUUGCACAUCUUGAAACUGAAUAAUUUUACCUCAAUGUGGAGAAUAACUAUGAAGUGGAAGGGGAAAUUAAAUGGUUUUAUAUUUGUAAAUAUCCCACAAAUAUUUUUUUUCCCCCAAGCACACAUAUUCAUCAGUUUUAACAGCAAUACCCCUAAAUAAAGCGUAACUAAUUAUACUCACUAGUCAUAUAAUUUGUGAAAAGGAAGUGUAUUUUUUUUUCUCAGUAUAACUAUGCUGUAUGGUGCUAUGUAGUCUAAUGAUUAUUAACACUUGUUUUUUCUUGUUCUUAAUGUUUCUGCCAACAAAAAAACAUGGUAUUUAUGGCUUUACCAAAUGAACACAAACAAAACAUCCUUAAAAUCUAACUUAAGCACAAAUUGCCUAAUGAAAAUAGAAUAAAGAUGUCUGUAGUGGAA